ACGUCGAGAUUUCAAAGGUAUUUCUCUCAGAUUCAAUUCCUUAUUCUUGUCUCCGCAUACGAGAACGGGUUUUUUUAAUUUUUAAGAAAAACAACGAAAUAUCCAGGCGUUUCUGUCAGAACGAUGAAGUCACAGCUUGUGUUUGUCUUUAUACUGUUCCUUCUAAAGCACAAAGUCACCUACGCUACGAUGUGGCCGACCAAACAAUACUCAGAAAAAGAUGUGUACUUGCAAGGAUUCACCCUUGAGUCAUUCACUGUUGACAAGGUCUUUGAUUGUCACAUGAAGUGUGAAGACCACAUACUUUGUACAAGCAUCAACAUAAUUUUGACGGAAAACAAAUGUGAACUGAAGUACUCCACCAAAGCUGAACACCCAGCUAACUUCACCAUUCGACCCAAUACCAUCUACAUGGAGGUGCGGGAUUACAUUAAAGCGCCUGGCUCAGGCAAAGAAAAACCAGUUGUGUCCUGUAGUUGGUGGAAGAAGAUUGAACAAAACGCAAAGUCAGGUGUUUACUGGAUAACCCUGAAUGAACCAAUUAAGGCAUUCCAAUCCAGUGCAUUCCAAGUGUUUUGUGAGAUGAUCACCGAUGGGGGAGGCUGGACCCUUGUCUACAGCUAUACAUUUACUCGGUACAGUACGUUUAAAUCAACGUCAAACGCAGUCACCCCAAUACCAAACUGGCCCGUUGCGUGGUCCCCUAUGGGUUGGUCACCACAGUCAACGACAACCCCGCUCAGUGAGUCUUCCUACUCGGCUAUGGAGUUUAAACUGUGGAAGAACUUUGGCACCGAAUAUCUUCUCAAGUCCAGCAUCACAAACUGGGUAGCCUGUGUAGAAGGGACCGGAAGUCUUGUGAGGUGGGUGGCAGGAAGUCUGACCUGUAGAGUUGUCAACGCAAUUACAUCACCUUGCACAGAUGUUGCGCCAAACAAACUUGUUCUUCUUCCCUGUGGACCAUCAUAUAAUAAAGAUGAUAAAUUCCAAUUCCUUCUAGACGGAAGUUCCACCCCAGACUGCUGGCCUGCCCAUGAUCCCUGUGGUACUAGCCCCUUUGGUUCAUCCAACCACAAGACGAAUGUUGCCAACCCCAGUGGAACAGUUUACAUCCGAUGAUUCUUUAGGACAAGAAGCCAGUGAACUAUGACUUUAUCAUACACAAACUAAACUCAUUGAAAAUGAAUCGUCGUGUGAAAAGAUUUAAAUUCCUUUGAGCGUUU